GGGCCUGUUUUGUUUCCACACUCACUCUUUUGUGUGUGAAUGCUGAGUCCUGCCCCACCUUUCCUGCUGGGCAUGGUCGGUCAAUGGUGUCUGCCCAGUUUCCCUGUCUUUCCGUGAGCCCCAAGUCACUGCUAUGGGCUCAUGAGGUGCCUUCCUGUCCAGCAGCCCCUCUGCCUGCACACCUCAGGCUGUGGCAACCGUCCAGGCCAAGGUGUAUCCCUGAUCACGUUGGCAGGUGGAGAGGCAAACAGACCACUGAGCUCUGUGCUGGAAGUAGGCAGCUGGGUGGUGGAGUAGGGGUCAAGCAGUCCACUGGAUGUAAGGCCAGCACUUUCAGGCCCAGCCCCUGGGAAAACAGUGCUCAACUGGCCUGGCUUCUCACCAUGGAGGACAGGACCACCAUGUGCUUCCUGGUCUGAGCUCGCUACUGCUUUAACUUCUCAACAGGUCUAUGUCUAGCCUGUGCCUGCACCCUCUCUGCAACUGUCUCCCCCUCAGUUACUGCCGGAAGAUGACUACAGAAACCCUGAAGUUUUUUCUCUCAACAUAUUGAAGAAAUUAUUCAGCCAUCUCCUGGAUUUCACUGAUGAUAUUGAGAAGUCAACUUGCCGUCUAACCAUCAUGAUUUUCCAGAAAGAAUACACCAGGGAUCCAAGGGCGAGCCUCCCCCGCCAUGUGCCUUCCCGCAGGUUCCUGUCAUCCAGCGAGGAUGGCCCUAGCAGCCACUCUGGCCACUCCAGCCUGUCGGAGAGGGAUGUCACCCGAAGCUUGCAGAAAGGCAUUAGGCACCGCAUCCUCUACCUGUCCGAGCAGCUGAGGGUGGAGAAAGCCAGCCAGGAUGAGAACAUGAUGAACUACCUCAAGCUGGUGACCAGCGCUGACCGUCACCAGGCCGCACAUAUCUGGCAGGCCUUUGAGAGGGUGAACCAGCACACCUCGGCCACCAUCUCGAACAUUGAGUGCCGGCUCCGCCAGUGCUACCAGCAGCUCCUGGAGCUAGAGGGUCACAGGCCCAAGGGCCCAGCACUCAAGGCAGACAUUGGCCUGGAUGACCGUGAACAGCCAGGUGGGCCUGGCAUUGCUGGAGCCUGUGUGCCGGAGACUUACCCCUCCUGUCCCAGUUGGCAGCGAGCACUUUUGCUGCACAGGGCAAAGGAGGAGCUGGCAGAGGUCAGGAGCUCAUGCUCAAGUCUGCAGGGGGCCUACCAGCGCCUCCAGGACAAGUAUCUGACAGACUUGCCUGUGUCACUGGAGUCCCUUCAGGAGCACAGGUACAGACAAGCACUGGUGGUAGGACAGAUGGAUGGCCACCUGCAGCAGCAUCGGGAUGAGAUUUACCACUUCCAGCAGGGCCUGGCCUGCUCCGAAGAGAAGAUGGCAUACCUGUCCUAUGAGCAGGCCAAGGAACUAUGGGGGGUCGUGGAGGUUCUCAAGGGCCGGCUGGCGAAGCUAGAGGCCCUGCAGCAAGCCACCCAGGUGGCGGUGACGGCAAGGGUCUGGAGCGGCCCCCGGGAGCUUUUGCCCUGCCUCAUGAGCCUGCUGCUCGUCCUUGCCUGCGCCGUCCUGGCGUGCGUCUCCACCGUGUGCUCCUGCCCCCUGCCCCAAGCCGCCUGGCACCUGCGCAUGUUCAUCAUGCUCACGGUGCUCGGGCUCGGGGCUCUGGCUUGGCAGAAGCAACGUGCCACUGCAGCCACAGACUGGCAGGUGUGGGUCCCUUCCAGGUGGAGGCUGGAUGCCAAGAACUCCAGGCCUUCAUCAGGAGGACCUCAUGGGGCUGGUGUGCUGCCUGCCUGAGUUUGCUGGUUCCCUCCCUCCUCCUCCUGUCCCUUUCUGAUUCCCUGAUCACCAGCAGACACCUGCCCACCUUGCGCUUCCGUGUUGCCACCGGGAGGUGUGGAACUGGGGGAGAUUAAAGUCUGU